AUGUGGCACAGUUUAUCCGCCUGGCUCGUGAUCCUUGUGACCCGAGCUGCAGCGAGUGGCAUCGAAGGCUACGGACUCUCCUCAUACGACCCCCUCUGUGCCGAAACAUGUCUUCGUUCUCUAUCAUCUCUUUCAUUGUCUUGCAGUGAACACGCCGAUGGUCAUGGACACAUGAUGAUGGCCAUGGUUACCACGCCAGCCUGUCGCGCCAAUAACACAGCCUUCCUCACGUCAACGGCAUGGUGUCUUUGCGUAAAAUGCGCCGAUCAGCACGUCUCCAAGCUGGAGGCUUACUGGGAAGGAUGGGUUACGGGUAGUAAGGUUGUCACUCCAAAAUGGACUUACUCAGAGGCUCUUGCUGAGGUGGAUCCUCGACCACCAAGCUAUCAAAUCGCAGAUACCGACAUGUCGCUCAACAAGACCUCUGUCGUUAACCCAAAUACGUACCUAAAGCAAUGGAACGUAUUGGGCCAUGUUAAGCGUGAGAUAACUCUCGAAUCUACCUAUGGAAUUGUCCUCAUAGCUGUUGCAGUUGGCAUUCCAGUUUUGAUGUCCUGGCUGAGAUAUAUACCCUUUAUGUCGGCCCUCUACGAUCGUCUCAAACCAUACGUCCUGUAUCCAAGCAUGAUCGGUACCUAUUCUGUUCGUCCGAUGCCAUUUCAAAUCGGAAAUGCCCCAACUAUGGGCCAAGGGCUUUACAUUGCCAUGUUCAUCAUACUCAAUGUGGUUUUGACUGCCGUCGGCUAUCGUACUGCUCAACCGAAUGCCUGGUUUACAAGCUCUUGGCAGGAGCUCAUUGCCUACCUUUUGUAUCGAACAGGAGCUUUCGCCUUUACACUUCUCCCUGUUCUGCUUGUAUUUUCAUCGAGGAAUAAUCUGCUUCUAUGGGUGACAAAUUGGUCGCACCCCACGUACUUGUUGCUGCAUCGCUGGGUGGGUCGACUGUUCACUCUCUAUGCUGUGCUGCACUCUAUCUUUGGCCUUCUGGCCUAUAGACAUUACGAGAAGACGGUAUGGUGGGCAUGGGGUGCCGCGGCCACUGUGUUCAGCGUCGUGCUCAGCGUUAGUAGUGGGUUUUAUGUUCGAAGGAAAAAUUACGAAGUCUUUCUGCUGGUACAUAUCAUCUUGAGCGUCAUUAUUAUUGUUGGCUGCUGGUACCAUUUGGUCUUGUGGUAUGAGUCGAUGGGUAUGCAUAUUCCAGAUUACACAUCCGGCUACGAGGUCUGGCUCUACAUUGCUUUUGCUGUCUGGGCGUUCGAUCGAAUCAUCCGACUGGGUCGCCUGCUGAGCGCAGGAGUCAAGAGAUCAAAGGUGACAGAUCUUGGCAACAAUUAUGUCCGUAUCGAUAUUGGGGAAACUCGCUGGACCGAUGAGCCAGGAAAGCAUUUAUAUGCAUACUUCCCUACCCUUAGCUUCUAUCCACCGUGGGAAAACCACCCUUUUUCUAUCAUACCCACAGGACUCUUGCAGAAUCGCGAACCAUCGCUAGCAGGUUCGCAAUUACAUGGCACCGCUGACGGAAAGGAUCUUGAGAGUACCACGCUGAAUGCCGUUCGACAAGUGUCAGCAAGCUCUGAUGAGAAGCGCAACUGUGGGGGUGUAACUCUGUUUGUCAAGAAGGCAAAGGGCAUCACAAAAUAUCUCCAGUCCUCCGAUAAGCUGUUAACCCUCGUUGAAGGUCCCUACGGUAACAACAAUAGGGACCAAAUAUUGCGCUGCGAUCGUGUACUUCUUAUUGGUGGAGGAAUUGGCAUUACCAGUCUUAUCCCUUGGAUUAUUGGUCACUGGAAUGUGAAGCUUGUCUGGAGCGUCAAGAAUUCCGCUCAAUGUCUGGUCGACGAGCUUGAGCCAUGUAUCAGCACACUGGAUCAGUCUCAGAGGGAGAUCCGUGUCGGUAGCCGACUUGACAUCUCUGUACUUAUUGACGAAGAGGUGGCCAUGGGUUGGAAAAGGAUCGGUGUAGUCGUGUCUGGACCGGGGUCACUGUGUGAUGAUGUCAGAUCAAAGGUGGUAGCAGCGGGAAAGGCUAGCCAGACUGUAUUUGAGCUUGAGGUAGAUGCUUAUUCUUGGUGA